AUGGGAGUCCGAUUACAUCUUCCAGCAGUUGCCAGCACCGUGCUCCCCGUGGUCCUCUGCAUCUUGAUCCUUCUGCCCCACGGCCUUGUGGGAAAGGCUGCAGAGGAUGGAACCGCGGGUGGCUCGGCGCUGCUCCAGAGGGUGAAGAGAGGCUGGGUGUGGAACCAGUUCUUUGUCCUGGAGGAGUACACCGGACUGGAGCCGCUUUAUAUCGGAAAGCUCCACUCAGAUAUGGAUAAAGGCGACGGCUCCAUUAAGUACAUCCUGACGGGCGAGGGCGCGGGCACCACCUUCACCAUCGACGACGGCACGGGCGACAUCCACGCCAUCCAGCGUCUGGACCGCGAGGUGAAAGCCCAGUACGUCCUCCGCGCCCAGGCCAGAAACCGCCUUACGGACCGGCCUCUGGAGCCCGAGUCGCAGUUCAUCGUGAAGAUCCAGGACAUCAACGACAACGAGCCCAAGUUUCUGGACGGGCCCUACCAGGCGUCUGUACCCGAAAUGUCCAAUAUCGGAACAUCUGUGAUCCAGCUGACUGCCACCGACGCCGACGACCCAACGUACGGCAACAGCGCCCGCGUGGUCUACAGCAUCGUGGAGGGCCAGCCUUACUUCUCAGUGGACGCCAAAACCGGCUUGGUCCGGGUGUCCCUGGCAGACAUGGACAGGGAGACCAGAGAAAACUACACCGUGGUCAUUCAGGCCAAGGACAUGGGCGGCCAGCUGGGGGGGCUCGCCGGUACCACCACCGUCAACAUCACGCUGGACGACGUCAACGACAACCCGCCCAUGUUUGACCAGAGGUUGUAUCAGAUGAGCAUCCCAGAGGCGGCUCCGGUGGGAUCGGUGGUGGGACGCAUCUGGGCGAAGGACAGGGACGUCGGGGCCAACGCUGAGAUGGAGUACAGCAUCAUCGACGGAGACGGAAGGGACACCUUCGACAUCAGCACCGACCCCACCAACCUCUUCGGCAUCAUCACAGUGAAAAGGCCACUGAACUUUGAGAGCAAGCCCAGUUACACUCUGAAGGUGGAGGGCGCCAACAAACACCUGGACCCGGCCUACCGCCACCGCGGGCCCUUCAAGGACGUCACCAUCGUGCACGUGAGCGUGGAGGACGUGGACGAGCCGCCUCUGUUUGACAUGCCGGCGUACUACGUGGAGCUGUCGGAGGACGCCGAGAUCGGGACGGUGCUGAAGACGGUGUCAGCGAGGGACCCGGACGCUGCCAACAACACCGUGAGGUAUUCCAUCGAGAGGUCCAGCGACCCCGAGAAGUACUUCUACAUCGAACUCACUUCCGGGUCACUGAUGACGGUGCGUUCUCUGGACCGAGAGGAGGUCGGCUGGCACAACAUCACCGUCCUCGCCAUGGAGAUGAAUAACCCCACAAAGAUCUCCAGCGUGUCGGUGGCUGUGAGGGUCCUUGACGUGAACGAUAAUCCGCCCUCGCUGACGCACUACCUGGAGGCUUACGUGUGUGAGAACGCCAAAGCAGGACAGCUGAUCCAGACGGUGACGGCGGUGGAUCCAGAUGAGCCGUUGGGUGGACAACACUUCAACUACCGUUUGGCUCCAGAGGCCGUCAACAACCCCAACUUCACCCUGAGAGACAACCAAGACAACACGGCGUGGAUCCUGACUCGGCGAGGAGGCUGGUCUCAGCAGGACCAGACGGUCUUCUACCUGCCCAUCUUCAUCUCCGACGGCGAGCAGCCGGUCCAGACCAGCACCAGCACGCUGACCAUCCGCGUCUGCAGCUGCGACCACGAGGGCAACGUCAUGUCGUGCAACGCCGAGGCCUACACUCUGCCUGCCAGCCUCAGCCGAGGGGCGCUGAUCGCCAUCCUCGCCUGCAUCUUCGUCCUGCUGGUGAUGAUUCUGCUCAUGCUCUCCCUGCGCACCCACCGCAAGAAGCCCUACCUCUGCGACGAGGAGGAGAACGUCCACGAGAACAUCGUGCGCUACGACGACGAGGGCGGCGGCGAGGAGGACACCGAGGCCUUCGACAUCGCCGCCAUGUGGAACCCGCGCGAGGCGCACCACCACCUGGGCAAGAUGAGGCAGGACAUGCUGCCGGAGAUCGAGAGCCUGUCGCGCUACGUCCCCCAGGCGUGCGUCGUGGGCGGCGGCGGCAGCGACAGCAACGUCCACGGCUACGUGCUGGCGAAGCUCCUGGACGCCGACAUGGACCCGUGCGCCCCGCCGUACGACUCCCUGCAGACCUACGCCUACGAGGGGGAAGGCUCGGUGGCCGAGUCGCUCAGCUCGCUGCAGUCGGGGGCGUCCAACACGGACCACGAGUACGACUACCUCAACGACUGGGGGCCGCGCUUUAAAAAACUGGCGGAGAUGUACGGCGUGCUGGAGACAAACUCUGCCCCCAUGUGGUAG